AUGCCGGCGCCCCGGGGAGCCGCGGAGGCGAGUCCGCGGGCUCCGCCGGCAGCCGGCCACCCUGAAGUAGGGCCGGGCAAAGAACACCGGCCCCCCCACGGCACCGACCGAAACGCCCCGGCCCCACAGAGCGCCGAAACACGCCACAAACCAGCCGCGAGCGCCGCGGAACCCCCCCAAAACGCCCCCCAGGCCAAAUGCAAGGCCCCGCCCCACCAAGACAGACGCCAACAGCGCACAACGCAACAAACUGUGCACAGAACUGACCCAAGAGCAGAAAAGCCGCCCGGCGCCCGACCGCCAGAAGAGCAGACCGUAGCCGGCGCGACCACGCCCCCCAGCAGCCCGCGGGCAGCACAGAGCCAGAGUGGAGCGAACAACGCCGCUCCCCCACCGGACGAAGCCAGAGCAGCACAGCCGUGUCUGACGCCUGCACAAGCCCCCAACACGCUGCCGAUGCACCUCCGCCGCCCCGGCCCCCCGACGCGCGCCGGCCGGAGCCAGUCCACCCCCCACCCGCCACGCAGCCACACCCGCUGCGAUCAGCGAGACCAAAGCAGCUCCAACAUGCCUCCAAGCGGGAAAACCCACCCGAAGACCCAAUCAGCGCAGCCAGCCCAUCCACACCAGCCCCCCAACACCAACCCCAACGGGGCCGCCCCCCGAGAGAGCAGACAUGCCAAUCCGGAAAAAGAACGCCAAGCAGAAAAGCCCCCCCAAUGCGACAUGCAGCUCCCCUCCCCCCCGAACCGGUACCACAAGACCAGCAUCGGAAAAAAGCACCGCCCAGGAACCGGCAUCGAAGCGAAGGCACUGACACCGACAAUCCCAGAACAACACCCGGCCCCACCCUGA